AUGGCAAUUCAUGCUAUAAUAAAAUUGGCUCGUCAAGUACUGGAUACCAACUGUUUUGUAUUCGAGGGUAAAUAUUAUCAACAGGUUCUUGAUGGAGCUUUGGGAUCACCAUUUACAAUGACAUUAGCCAAUAUUUAUAUACUGAAAUGGGAGCACUCUUUGAUUGAAUUUCAAAAAGCAAACAAUGAAAUCUGUGGCAGAUAUAGAGAUGAUGUCUUUUUGACAGCUGAUUCAUUGCAUCAACUCUGUAUUAAAUUGAAUAUAGCAGAGAAAAAAGACGACAACGUUCGAGUAACCUGA